GGACGCGUCACCCCUCCCUCGGCGGCGGGGCGCGCGCACGCCCGCUUUCCGUUUCCAUGACGACGGCGCGACGGCGUCCCAAACAGGGAAGCAGACGUGAGAGGAGCGGCGAUCGCCGAAGCGGCCCGUGUGUUUCGCUCGCUUCUCGGCUCGCGCCCGACUGCAGGGAGCGAACGGCGAGUUUGGCGGAGCGCUGACAGCCAGCUGCGGUUAUUCCGUCCUGGAGAGCGUUGCUGUAAAGGACUGGUCUGGGAGAAGCAGUCAUGGUCCGUCUCAACGUGGAUUUGAUUGCCCAGUCUGCAGCGUGCUUGAAAAACAAAAGACACGAGUCCCUUGUGCAGUAUUUAAAGAAACUCACACAUCUCAAUUUUUCCAACAAAAAAAUUGAGGAUAUUGAAGAUCUGUCAGUGUGUAAAAACCUUACAGUCCUUUACCUGUAUGACAAUCAAAUAACGCAGAUCUGCAACCUGGACUUUGCCUCCAACCUGACGCACCUGUACAUGCAGAACAACAGUAUCACACACAUCGAGAACCUGUCAUCCCUGCGAAAGCUGUCCAAGCUGUUCCUGGGGGGCAACAGCAUCAUGGUGGUGGAGGGACUGGAGCAGCUGGGGGAGCUGAAGGAGCUGCACGUGGAAGGCCAGAGGUUGCCUCUGGGAGAGAAGCUCCUCUUUGACCCUCGAACCCUGGUCUCUCUCUCUGAAUCAUUAAGCGUUUUAAACAUCAGCAACAACAAUAUUGAUGAAAUAGGGGACCUUAUGGUACUUAAGAAUCUGAAACAGUUUUUUGCUGCAGAUAACCAGCUUCAUGACAUGAAGGAAUUAGAAGUGGUUUUCGGCCACUGGCCAGAGCUGAGUCGCAUGGAUCUGAGUGGAAAUCCUGUCUGUCAUAAGUCCAAGUACAGGGAUAGACUGAUAACUGUGUGCAGGAAACUGGAGGAGCUUGACGGCAAAGAAAUUAACGAAAUGUUCAGACAGUUUCUGAUUAACUGGAAGGCUUCAAGAGACGCCAAGAAGAAAGUCAAAGAUGAGAAGAUGACGACUGGACAGGCAGGCGAGCAGAUCUGUCCUGAGCUCGUAGCAGAACAUCACCUUCCCCCGGACGCCUGCAUCUUCUCCGCCUUGCUGAGCAGGAGCAAACAGCUCAAGAGCAGAACGCCAGACGGUGCCGUGAGGACUGAGAGUUUGCAAACGGAUGGCAGGUUGGGGAGACAGCUGAGCGGGGAAGUCGCGGGGGGCCCCGAUCCUCGAGACCUCCGUGGUACGAGCGUUUGACAGCAGUCACACUGCCACCACCAUCACCCCGUCGCCUCUGAUGCGCUGUCGCGCUGUUGCCAUGGCGACCGGAGCCCCGCGCGCUAUAGGAGCCUCCCCACGUGCACCCACAAAACCUGAAAUACUGUAACAUUAUUUAUAUGAUUUGGAUAUAUAUGCUCUUUGUUAUAUGUUUAUGUGUUAUAUGUUACAUAUUUCAGACGAAACGUUAUUUAUGAUUAAUAGAUAUUAAUAUAGAUAUUAAUUAAUAAAUAAUGCAGUAUUCCUCCGAUGCGAAACGGCCCAUCUGGCCGCUUCAGGGUUUUCGCUUUGUGUUACAAAAUAAGUCGAGUUUAACGAGCGUUCUUCCAAACAUCUGUAACUUUUUAAAAUGAAAACCCAUAGUGAUGCUUUACAA